AUGAAUUUUGAGUUAGCGGAACUCACCCACGUUAGUAAUGGCAUAGGAUCAAACAAUCGGUCAUUAUUAUUCUUAUCUUUCGUGUGUGUUCGAGGAAAGCUCAAAAAUUUAUCGCUUUGUCUGUUCAUAUCUAUCUAUCUAUCUAUCUAUCUAUCUAUCUGUCUCAGCCUGUUCAUAUCUAUCUAUUGCCUGUUCAUAUCUAUGGCCUGUUCAGUCUAUCUACCUACCUACCUACCUGCCUACCUACCUGCCUACCUACCUGUCUGUCUGUCUGUCUGUUCGUAUCUAUCUAUCUAUCUAUCUAUCUAUCUGUCUGUCUGUCUCAGCCUGUUCAUAUCUAUCUAUUGCCUGUUCAUAUCUAUGGCCUGUUCAGUCUAUCUACCUACCUACCUACCUGCCUACCUACCUGUCUGUCUGUCUGUUCGUAUCUAUCUAUCUAUCUAUCUAUCUAUCUAUCUAUCUAUCUAUCUAUCUGUCUGUCUCAGCCUGUUCAUAUCUAUAUAUUGCUUGGUCAUAUCUAUGGCCUGUUCAUAUCUGUCAGUCUAUUUACCUACCUACCUACCUGCCUACCUGUCUGUCUGUCUGAUCGUAUCUAUCUAUCUAUCUAUCUAUCUAUCUAUCUAUCUAUCUAUCUAUCUAUCUAUCUAUCCACCGUUUGUUCAUAUCUAUCAAGCUUACCUACCUACCUAUCUAUCUGUCUCAGCUUGUUCAUAUGUAUUUGUUCAUAUCUAUAACCUGUUCAUAUCUAUCAAAAUACCUAUCUAUCUAUCUAUCUGUCACAGCCUUUUCCUAUCUAUCUAUCUAUCUAUCUAUCUAUCUAUCUAUCUAUCGCUUCCUGUUCAUAUCUCUCUGUCUCAGCCUGUUCAUAUCUAUCUAUCUAUUUAUCUAUCUAUCUCUGUUCAUAUCUAUAGCCUGUUCUUAUCUAUCAAUCUACAUAACUGCCUACCUACCUACCUACCUACCUACCUACCUAUCUCAGCCUGUCCAUCUCUCUCCUCUCUCUCUCUCUCUCUCUCGGCCUAUUCAUAUCUAUCUAUCUAUCUAUCUAUCUAUCUAUCUAUCUAUCUAUCUAUCUGUCUGUCUGUCUGUCUGCCACAGCCUUUUCCUAUCUAUCUAUCUAUCUAUCUAUCUAUCUAUCUAUUGCUUGUUCAUAUCUAUAAUCUACCUACCUACCUAUCUAUCUGUCUCAGCCUAUUCAUAUCUAUCUAUCUAUCUAUCUAUCUAUCUAUCUAUCUAUCUAUCUAUCGCUUGUUCAUAUCUAUAAUCUACCUACCUAUCUAUCUGUCUCAGCCUAUUCAUAUCUAUCUAUCUAUCUAUCUAUCUAUCUAUCUAUCUAUCUAUCUGAUGAACUAA